AUGGCCACUCUCUUGAGUGCACUGCUCCUUUGCUUCCUUCUUCUCCACUUCCCGGCUUCAAUCAAUGCUCUGGCAGUCCCACAACCGCCUAGCAGCCUCGACUUCCAUGGCCCAACCCUCCCAGAUCUAGCCAAGCGCAACGCCAGCGUCGGCACCCAGCAGCUCGACCUCAACAUCGACCCGGACAUAGUCAACCCCAACUGCGGCGGAGUCUACCCAGCCAACAUCAACGUCCAGUCUGCACCGGACCCGUUCUAUCUCACCACAGCCUGCAACAAAGUGCUCAGCUACAUUGGCGGACCAAAGGGUGACAAAGAUGUUGACGUUAUCUUCGCAUGUCUGGCGCAACCCACCAACGGUAGCGGGGACCGGGAUAUCAAGGUCAUCUUGAACACGCUGGCCAAUGUCGUCCUGGACGGCAGCGAGAGUGGAACCCAAAAUAUCGCGGCGAACAUGGAAAUCACGUCGGAAAGUGAUGAUCUUCUUAUCUCAACUAGUGUUGAUAUCGGGGUCAAGGUCAGCAGUUCGCAUGGAAAAGUGACAUUCCAGUAUAUCUACUGCUGA